UUGACGGGCUUACUUGACCACGACUACAUUGAGUCGAUCAGAAACGGGACUGCUAAAUGGGGUGAGUUGGAGCUUUUCGCAGCAUCCAGAUUGCACAGAUGCAGCAUUGAAGUGAAAACUUUGAACGACAACUGCAAAGUGAUUUCCGAGUUCACCUACACUGUUCCUGAGGCAACUGGGAAGAUAUGCCUUGCUCGACUGGGCCCUCAGUUUGCGUUGGACGUAGCAGGAAUGCGAAUAUAG